AUGUUGAUUCAAAUCAGCCUCCGCUCACCAAACGGCCAGUCGCGAGUUCAAAUCGACGACGAUGCCACCCUAAGAGAGCUGGUGGAGACGAUCAAGGCCAGAACCGAGCUGAGCAACUUCUCGCUCAAGUACGGGUACCCGUUGAGAAGUCUCGACAUCAGCCCGACCUCGCAAGACGCUAGCAUCAAGGACCUGAAGCUCAGGGGGGAGACCAUAGUUGUUGCUCCCGUCGACACUGCACCCCCGACCCCCGCACUACAGCCUGCUUCGACUGAGCCCAAGCCCAAACCCUUCACCCCGAAAGGGAUAGAGCCGGAUGAGACGUCUAUGGAAUGGCCGGAGCGGGGCGGAUAUAUUGUCACGGCCUUCGGCGGUGCCAUCGGCUUAGAGAACCCGUCUCGCACCCUCAGGAACCAAGUGGCCGAUUAUAUCCUCGGCCAUCCAAACGAGUACACCAAGGCCAUCCUCGGGGACGAACCCGAACGAUACACGUCCCGGAUGCGGCAGAUGGACACCUGGGGCGGCGCAAUUGAGCUCUCUAUCCUCUCAGAUAUCUACAACCUCGAAAUCAGCUCCAUUGACGUCAAAUCCCUCCGGGUGGACCGCUUCGGUGAAGGGAAAUCAAACCGCGUCAUCAUCCUGUACUCGGGUAUCCACUACGAUAGGAUAGCGUUCUGCAUGGACCUGAGCUACCCGGUCGAGGUGGACGUGACGCGGUGGUCGACCGACGACGACGAGGUCCUGGAGAAAGCCCGCCAGCUGGCCCAGCGCCUGCAGAAUCUGCACUACUACACAGACACGACCGACUUUGUCAUCAAGUGCGAGGUGUGCCACUGGAUCGGGCAGGGCACGCGGGAGGCAGCCAAGCACGAGAGGGAGACGGGGCAUAGUCGGUUUGGGGAGCUGCAAAUUACAGAUUGA